CUAUGAUAAGCAAGUGGCAACUGCAGAAGGAGCGGUAACACCAAGUGAGAGAAAUGCUGUCGCCUCUAAAAUAACAAAUAGUUAUUCUUGCCUCUUCAGACGUUAUGGUUAGGUUAUCCUUGGAUGGUAGAGGCACAGUGUCUCCCAGGUUGUGAUUGCUCGUGACGGAAUGGUACCUUGUUGCUGGAGCGUCCUGGUACCGCUGGUGCUUCUCUUGUCCCAGGCCCAAGGCUUCCUGCACUUCGACGAUGAUGACUCCUCGUCAGCCUUUGCCGUGCCGAAGGAGUGGGUCUUGCUCCACGUGGUGCAGGGCCACAUCGGUGCGGGCAACUACAGCUACCUGCGUCUAAACCACGAUGGGCGCAUCAUCCUGCACAUGCGCAGCCUUAAGGGUGACGCCGACCUCUAUGUGUCUGACAAGACGCUUCGGCCCAGCUUCGACACCUACAAGCUGCAGUCGGUUACGUGCGGGCAUGACGUGGUGGUGGUGCCCGGGGAGUUCACCCGGCCGGUGGGUAUCGGUAUCUAUGGCCACCCGUCUCACAAGGAGAGCGAGUUUGAAAUGAAGGUGUUCUACGACCAGACUGCCCUGUCCGAGGACCCUUUCAAGAGGGAUGCGUACCCCUCAGAAGAGGGGUCCCAAAGCCAGCCCAGGUACCCUAAGGGAGGGGGAGAGGAGGACUUUGAGGAGGAGGAAGAGUCCAUCUUCUGGACCAUCCUCAUUGGGAUUUUGAAGAUCAUACUUGAAAUCUUGUUCUGAGCGAACAGGCAGAGCAGCUGAAGGGCAGCAACAGUUAUGUGAGAUGUUUGUUUUCAACGUUGAGAGAAACUCACCAAAAUAUGGUGAAAUAUGGAUGCCUCAAAGUAAAAUGAUUACUAAAGCGAUAUUUUCAAACAGCUAUUUUUGAUCAGACUUUUUUUAUUGAUUGUAGAUGAAGUGUACAAAUGAACCAUCAAAAUUCUGAAUGAAUAUCUGACUGACUGAAUUUAUCUCCAGCUUGACCUUACGCCUCAGAAACAAACCACUGGCUCACAAGUGUAACUUCCAGAGAACAGAUGCUGAUACACAUCACCCCUGUUCACCACGCAGGUCUCAUUAUGCCGUUUACUUGACGAUUUCAGAACCACUACUUUAAACUGGCAGUGGACUUUAUCUUGCUCGUGCUCUAUAAUAAGAGAAGGGAACAUACAGAAGCGUGUGCCAGUAGGGAGAGAAACAUACUUUUGUGCCUUCAUCAGUCCCAUGAUUACCCCCUCCAGUCCCAGCCCUUCAUUGGCUAAUGGCGAGGCUCAAUCACACGGUGGAAUUAUUUGUAAAUAUUUCCGAAUAAAAGAGAAUCACUUGUCUUUGCGAAA